AUGUCUAGUUUUAGAUCUCGUCUCAAGGUUCCCCGCUAUGGACUUUUUUACUUUGAAAUUGAUAAGACAUUAAGUAUUUUACCUUCAAACAAGGUGAAGAAGGUAGUUCAGGGUGACAACACCUCCGAGGGAAGUAUCGUUGAAGUAUACUUCGGCAAGGAAGUCCUAACAGCAGAGAUCAUCGCUGUCGAUGGUAAGUCGUAUCUUUCAUUUUAGCCCUCUUGACUCGCACUUCUUUUAGUGGUAUCCGAUGCUUCCUUGAUUCUCGACCGAGCUCCCAAAGCGACUCAGUAUUUCAGAACUGUUUUAUUCCAUUUUCCUGUACAUUGAAUACUGGAUUUCAGAACUUCCCACCGUAACCUGUUGCUAAAUAGCCUGUUUGCCUAAAGUUUUGACCAACUCAUUCAUGUCUCUGUAUACUGAACGUUUACAGAUGAAAAGAGCAAUCUAGAUCGCUUGUCGAUCAAUUUCCUGCAAGAUCCGAGGAACAAGCAUCGCUUUCCUGAUGAUGAUGAUGAGACGUCCGAAGAAGAGCAGGAGAUUAUCAAAGAAGGAGCCAACAAGCAAAAUGUAAGCCUUAUCUCCAUUUAUCGCUAAUGUGUCUCUGAAUAUCUGCGGUUCAUUCGGUUAAGCGAAGCAUAUAUCUCUAAGCCAAACAUUAUAUUCAGCCCUACAGGUUUUUGCACUUUAAUCAUUUAGCAUUCAACAGCAACAAAAUUGAGUAGCCUUAAGAGAUUUUACAAUGUUAACAUGGAAAUUUACUUGAAAUGAAAAUUAGAUGUUAAUUGAAAUCCGGUCUGGCUAAUGUGCAAAGGCACGCGAUUCAUGUGCGCCAGGAGACGUCAACUCUCAGUUGUACCAAUAAGCGAGCUAGCGAGUCCUUUCAUUGUACUUGAAUUUUUUGUAAACAGUAAAACUGCUGAACAAAAAUUGUCUACAAAGAAAAUAAAAACGUCUCGCGUUGUUCCGUGCAGUUCUGAAGAGAGAUGUUUAGAAAAUGUGUCAGUUAGGGUAGUGUUGUGUGCGCCUUUCAGUUCCAAAAAAUAACGAUAAAAGCGUCACAAGCAUAGCUUGUUUUGUGUGAAAAUGGUCAAGUAUUUAUAUUAGUAUGGAAAGGAGUAUUUUUUAUGGUCAAGUAGUUCACCUGCAGUUUUUAAAUACAUUUUCUCAUGUUCGCAUGACUCGCUUCUUUAUAGCUCGCAUGCUCUCAAUGGAUUCCCAUGACCCGCUGACUCGUACAUUGGUCAGACCCGGGAUCUGACCAUUACACUCAUAAGAUCUUUUUAAUUGUCUAAUUUCGACUUCAGCCCAAGAGGUACAGUGCAAAAAAUAUAUGUAUAUGGAAAAUGUGGUUUUGAGUGGACACUAACUAUAUUAUUUAUAGUUUUAUAAUUCGCUGUGGCUAUAUGGCCGGUGUAAACCGCUCAAGGUUUUCAAACUACUAAAUGACCGGCAGUCCUGUCUUUUCAGUACUAAAAAAAAGCAAAAACAAACUAUCAUAUGUCGAUAAAGAAAAGUCAAGGGAUCCUGAAAUGCGUUAUUCAAUUCUCGAAGCAAUUUGCCUGCAAUUACUUAAAACCAUUUCUCAUUUUUAUGUUUCGGGGAGAAAAUUUAAGCCGUAAAAGUAAGUCUAAAUUACAAUUACACUUAUGACAAUAAAUAACAAUCACAUGUACUUAUACUUAGAUUUUUAAAGAUUUUUUUUAUUCAGUGUAUUUGUGAAGAUUUGUUAAUGUUCUUAAGCUCAACUUUCGAUUUUGACUUCUUCUCGAGUGUAUCGGCUACGAACUGCAGGCCGUACAUGUACACGAAACCAGUCGAUUGGAUUAACAAAAAGGUACCCUGGUCCCAGAGAUUUUUCUAGAUGAUUGUUCUCGGCUUCAGAGAAACAUCUUACUCGCCGCUUCGCAACUCGUUUUCGCCGCUUCAUGGCUCGUUCUCUUUGACGCGGAGAAACAUCAAGAAAGACCUCUGAGACCAGAGUAAUUGAAAUGUAUGGCUUUUACUCUAAAAACUGCAGUUGUAUGAUUGUGUCUCCAAAGGUUUUGAUAAGCAAGAAACCUGAGGAAAACGUGCAGUCAGAAGACAAACAGUGCAAGACCUUAAGCCCUGGAAGUGAGCGAGCCGACUCAAAGAGCACACACCAGGAUGAAUUGGCAAGGAUUGCACCAUCCGUAUCCAAUGAGCUAGAUUUAAGUCCAAAUUUAGCAGCGUAUGAAAAUGACUUUGACUUUGAUGACUGGGAAGGGAGCUCUGAUGUUGUGACGGUGACCGAUUCGCAACCAUCAUUUGCCACCAAAAGUGACAUAAAAAGGCUUGAAGCAAAACAAGAGCUUUUAUUAGAAAACCAAAGUCAAAUCAUGGAAACUCUAACGGGGAUUUCAAAUCUUUUGAAAGAAAAGGCGAAAAAACGAGGAAUAUUACGGGUUAAUGAGCCCAGCAGCGGCACUAGUUCGGCUAAAUCCGUGAAGAUUAUUGAACGCCCUGUCCCAAUUCUGCACAGUACACCCCUGUCAAGUUCAGUUGAAGUGUCGACUUUUGUAGAAUCUGAUAUGUCUGAUGAAUAUUUGCAGGGUCAGGAAUCAAUAAGUGGGGGCAGCUUGGAAAGCGAACCGGCCAAAAGCCGUUCUCCUGUUCCGGUUGAUUUCACUAUAAAACAGCACAUUUCUGAAACGUCUCUUGGGAAUACCAACCCGAAAAAUAAGAAAAAGGAAAAGGCACCGUUGACAGCAGAAGAACAAAAAGUGCGCACGGAAAACAAAGCAUGUCUGAAAGAUUUGUGUGACAUGGUAGGAACUUCCUAUUCAAAACCAGAGUUAGCUGAGUCGAGUUAUGAGGGCGGGAAGAGAAAAUAUAAUGGGAGAGAAUUCGAGAAAAAGGGUCUCUCUCCGGGUAGAAUGAAGAAAAUUUUGAAAUCUGUAUCCCAAAAACAUCCAGAAGCGUACGCGAGACUAAAAGACACAACUGAACUAAGGGAAGCGGUCAAUAUGAAGUGUCGAAAAAGUCGAAAAACG